AUGAGCGCACUGCAGAAUGUCCUGCGACCAGGAAGUCGCGAGUUCGUCAUUGUCUUGAACGUUGUACUGGCGCUGCUGCUUUUCGUGAUGCUGACGGUCGUCUACACGGAGCUGGAGGACUCUAUCCACGUUUUUGUGCUGCUGUUUCUUGUGAUAGGGCUCACCGUCUCCAUCAAUUGGUUCAUCAUCGAGACGAACAACGUCGCCCAUCAAGUCGCAGACAGCAAGAACAAGCGCAUCCCCGACCCGAACGCGCGAGCCAAAACUGACUGA